AUGGAGAUAAAUGAUCCAGCUGCUAUCACAUAUGAUGCUCCAAUAGUUUCAUAUGUUGUAGAUCUUUACAAUAUGGAAAUAAUUAAGCCAAGCUUUAGAAAGAUUCUUGAAAGUUAUCAUAAUCAUAUAUUAACAAAUUCCAUCUACAAGGAAUACAAAAAUUCAAAAAUGACACAAUUUUUAAAAAAUCUUUUGGAUGUGAAUAAUUUUCAAAAAAUUUAUCACAAUAAUAAAUAUUUUUGUAGUCUAGCAGAAGUUAUCAAUUUACUAGACAAAGAUAAUGAUGAUGGUGAUAUUGAUGAUUACAACAAAUUAGUACGAUUUGGAGUGGAUAGUAAAAUUAGAUUCCUUAAUCAUUUAUUAACAAUUAGUAAGUCAUACUUGAUAGAAAAUUUAAAGGAUGCCUUGAAACUUCCAGUUUUACUUAUACAAUGGAAAGAACUAGAAAUGGAAAUUUUUUUAUUUUCACAAGUUGGUUGUAUGAAGGACAAUGAUACUGGAGAUUUAUUACCAAUAGGACAUGUAGCUAAAUUAGACACAAUUCAAUAUUCUUUUGAGAUGCCCGAAACUUCAUAUUUCCUUCCAGCUCUUUUGAAAAAAUUCACAACAUUAGGAAAAAUGCUUAAAGAAAUCAAGAACAAGUAUGAGAAUCAUAUAAAUAAUGCCUAUCAACACGAAUUUGAGAGAGGAUUUUUAACUCCUGAAUGUAACGUCAGUGAUAUUCCCUCUGAACUUGUUCAUGCUCACAUGCUGAAUUUAUCCCUGUCACCUAACAGCAACGACGAUAACAAUACUAGAAAUUUUAAUAAUAAUGGCGCAUCUAUUUCUCAACAACCACAACAACCAAUAACUUUUGUAUUUGAAAGAUUCUGUCCUGGAGGCCUUUCAAAAUCUAAUAACAAUAGUAUUCAUAAUACCAAUGUUGUCACUCAAACCAAUGAUAAAAGGAAUAAAAAAAAUAACAAAAGAAAACAAGUUUCUUCAUCUUCUACUACUUCAUCAAUCUCUUCGUCCUCAUAUAGACUACCAAUUAAUAUUGAUUCACCUGUUUCUUUGAAUUCUUCAAAUAGAGAGGAUGAUUCAAAAUCUGAAUCGGAAUAUGAUGAUAACAUGGAUAUUUGUAGAAGUGAAGUUUGUUCUGAAUAUGAUAUGGAAGAAUCAGCGGUGGAAGGAUUGAAAAGAUUAUUAAUGAAGUUUACAGCAAUGACUCCUACAAGACUUCAAUCAAUUCUGUCAAUAUUAUUGGAUAAUGAUAUAGAUGAUGCUGACAUAUUGUUAUUGAUAGAUAAUGAACAAUUUCUUCAUACUCUUCGUGGUAAAAAUGGUUCAGAAAUUAGCCGGGGUAAUUGUUUAUUACUUUGGCAUGGGAUACAAGAAUAUCGUAAUUAUUAUUAUUCCACUACAACUACACUUCAUCACACUCCAAAAUCUUUUUCCUCUUCUUGUUCAUCGAUAACUUCUUCUUCCUCUGUCUCAUCUAUAUCAUCAUCUUCUUCAUAUUAUUCACCACCUCCAUCAUCAUCUGCAUCUUCUUUUUCAUCUAUGUUAUCAUCUUCAUCACCUUCAUCAUCAAGAGCAAUUACCAAAAUUAGAUCAUCAUCAUCACCACCAUCACCACCAUCAUAUAAAUGA